AUGGUUAAGCAAUGGCCUCUAAAAAGGGAAAGUCUAAUACAAGCACACCAACUCGUGAGGGAACAAUUCCAACAAGGACACUUAAAACUCUCCACGAGCCCAUGGAACACGCCAAUCUUUGUAAUCAAAAAGAAAUCAGGGAAAUAUCGCCUUUUGCAUGAUUUAAGAGCAGUAAAUGAACAAAUGGAAGCAAUGGGAGCAUUGCAACCAGGACUCCCCAAUCCAGCCAUGCUCCCACAACAUUGGCCUCUUUUGAUUAUUGAUUUAAAGGACUGCUUCUUUACUAUAGCCCUACACCCCCAGGAUACUAAAAGAUUUGCAUUUACCCUACCAGCAAUAAAUAGGGGGGAACCUGAUAAAAGAUACGAAUGGACUGUCCUUCCACAGGGUAUGAAAAACUCACCUACUUUGUGCCAACUGUAUGUUGAUGUGGCCUUGCAGCCUCUGAGAAUCAAGUGGCCUGACACAAUCAUUUACCAUUACAUGGAUGACAUCCUAUUCGCGCAAGAAGCAGCAUUUACAAAUGUUCAAAUGCAAGAGAUUCAAGCCACCCUGGCGAGAGCAUCCCUCGUGAUAGCUCAAGAAAAGAUACAGCAAUCCACACCAUGGAAGUAUCUAGGGUGGUCUAUCACAAAUCAGAUUGUGCGACCGCAAAAGCUUCAGCUCGCCACAAAAAUCACCAAUUUGAAUGAAGCACAACGACUGCUAGGGGAUUUGCAGUGGCUCAAACCGAUUGUUGGGAUACCCAACUCGUUACUGGACUGCCUCAGGUCACUACUCAAGGGGACUGAUCCAACCGCACCUGUGACCGUCACCCCACAACAAAAAGACGCCCUCGAAGGGAUCAUACGCUGUGUUGAAGAAGGAUUUGUCUCCCGCCGGGACAUAUCUCUACCCAUAGAUCUUACCAUUUGGAGUACUCCCGAUCACUUACUAGGGGCACUUACGCAACUACAAAAGAAAACGGGGGAGACACGGGUACUAGAGUGGAUGACACCACCUUUACAGGCAAGAAAGACAAUUAGCACAAAAAUUGAACAAGUAGCUACCCUGAUCCGUAAGGGCCGUAUAAGAAUCAUGGAAAUCACCGGAAUAAGCCCGACAGUAAUCUAUUUGCCCAUGAAAAAGGAGGACUUAGAUUGGUACCUCCUCAACUCUGGAGACCUGCAAACGGCCUUGCUGGAAGCUGGAGCAGUCGUCCACACCGGACCGCUGACGCCACGUCACCUUCAGUGGUUAGAAAAUUGGGACUGGGUAUCAAAGCCAAUACGAUCGGAGCAGCCAAUAGCGGGCGCCAUCACAGCCUUCACGGACGCCGGAAAAAAGACAAGAAGAGCAGCCAUCACCUGGAAAGAAGACCCUCGAUGGAAAAAGCAGAUAAUAGACGCUGCUCCAGAGGACAGUUUGCAAACAUUGGAACUGCUUGCCGUUGUGUGGGCACUAAGUGAACUGCAAGGGCCUCUGAAUGUGGUCACUGACUCAUUCUAUGUAGCAGGAGUAGCGCAAAGAAUUGAGGAUGCCUCUGUGAAAGAGGUGCAAAACAGGAGACUAUAUGAGCUCCUGCUACAACUGAAGCGAGCAGUAGGAGCAAGAACAAAGCCUUAUUGUAUCAUACAUAUCAGGAGUCACAAGUGGGAUGUAGGCCUGGGAGAGGGCAACGCCAGGGCAGAUAGAUUGGUCAUGAAUGUAGCAGAUGACAGGGGGAUUGAAGCAAGAGAGUCACAUACGCAAUUUCACCAGAAUGCUAAAGGGUUGGUGCGCGAGUUCAAAAUAGGCAUACAAGAGGCAAAAGCAAUAGUGAGAGCCUGCCCCAUUUGCAGUCAUCACAAUAGUGGGAUAGGCCUUGGGUGUGGGGUAAAUCCUCGGGGUUUGAAGAGUAACGAAAUUUGGCAAAUGGACGUUACACAUGUAGCAGAAUUUGGUAGGCUCAAGAACACUUUGGGUCCCUGCUAG